CUUUUUGACCAUGAGGCUGUGAGCCUUCCAGGUAAAAUCAUUAGUUUUAGCUGGAUUUCGGCCCAUUCGUUUCGGCUCGCUUCUAAAUUUUUUUUAUCAAAAUUCAAAAUUUCCCUUAAAAUUUAACAAAAAACAAAAAUUUAAGAUGUGUGACCCAUGUUGCGGACCAUUUGAGCCCAGGGGCUGUCGGAGUCGCGAACUACGCUGUGGCAUCCUAUAUACGUCCUGCGACUGCGUCAAGCGUAAUGGAAUGCAGGACAAGUGCCCGAGGGCGGCAUGCCAAGGGCGGCCAGCAUGCAUGUGUUUCCCGUUCCCCACCUGUGGACCCGCGUCGUUCCCGUUGCGCUUCGCCAACAUGACCAUGGGCGUCAACAACAAGCGUAUGCGAUGCGCCGCCACUGCUGCAACUUGCGCAGGUGGCGGUGGCCUUGCUCGUGCCUGUGGUGGCUGUUGCGGAGGCUGCUGAUCCUGGCCCUGGAGAUACACACCGUGCACCCUGUGUCUGGUGUGCAUAAGCAAGGCUCACUGCUACAACACGCCAUUGCGCAUGUUCAGCGACGUCACAAUCUCCAUCUAAUCACGAGAUGUUAACUUUUAAGGAAAUGAAUGCGUCAAAUUAAUAUCCAACCCUGUACCCCGUACAUACCCCAUAUCCAAGUGGUUUCUGUCCAGAUAUUGUUUGGUGUUGUAUGUAUAACAAAUGCAGAUCCGUAUCCAGAACUAUACAGGACGCAUCUGGUGGAUGUGUUUGCGUACUGAGGGGUUGGUACACAUUUAGAAGCAGUUGAAUUGGAAAAUUUAUGAUGACACUAAAGAGAGAAUGAACUAAUCACAGAAAACUGAGAUAUUGCGGGCGACUGCGUGAGGCUUGUGGAAUGUACAUCUUUGGGACGAAUUCGCAUAUAGCGAAUGCGACCUGAACAUAAAACGGAUCUCCAGUUCUUCGAAUUAUAAGUAAUUGUCGAAUUAUAAAUUCAAGAGUUAAUAACGAGAAAAGCUUCGCUUUUCGGACCCAAGCUUAGAGUUUGGGCUAAUUAAA